AAACAAUACCCGCGCCGUUAGUUCUGCGUUUUCCAGACUGGAUAAGGAAGCGAAGCGAAUGGGUCUGGUGGUGAACGUGGACAAGACGAAAUAUUUCCUGUCAUCAAACAAACAGUCAGCGCAUUCGCGUCUUGGCUCCCACGUCACUGUUGACAGUAAUAACUUUGAAGUUGUAGAUAAUUUCGUAUACCUAGGCACCAGCAUCAACACCGAUAAUAAUGUUAGCCUUGAAAUCUUACGCAGAAUCACUCUUGCCAACAGGUGCUACUGACUGAGUAGGCUAUUGAAAAGUAAAGUCCUCUUUCGAGGAACAAAAACUACACUCUACAAGUCCCUCAUCAUUCCCGUCCUUCGAUGUCAACAUCCUUUGAGACGGUACUGGGAGUUUACGAGAGAAAGGUUUUGCGGAAAAUUUAUGGUGCCUUAAACAUUGGCAACGGCGAAUACCGCAGUAGAUGGAAUGAUGAGCUGUAUAUGUUAUUCGACGACAUAGACAUAAUCCAGCGAAUAAAAAGAUAGCGGCUGCACUGGCUAGGUCAUGUUGUUCGAAUGGACAGAAGUGCUCCAGCUCUGAAAGUGUUCCAUGCAGUACUCGCUGAUGGAAGCUGAGGAAGAGGGAGGCCUCUUCCGAUGGAAGGACCAGGUGGAGAUGAACCUGCCUUCUCUUGGUAUUACCAAUUGGCGCCAAACUGCCAAAAGGAGAGAUGCGUGGAGCGCUGUCUAUGAAGUUGAAUAUUUUCAGUAUUCGUUAUUCGAAUUGCGCUAUUGUGAAUAUAUUCCAUAUCUUAUAACUACUCCACUAUUAAGAUAGAAUUAGAGGUAAUAUAAUAUAACGCCAUACCCUUAACCAUUGUCACCGUAACGAUAUUUACUAUUAUCGAUUAUUGAUGCCAUUACCAUAAACAGUUGAUCUUUCAUUUGGAAUUUUUGUUUUAAUUUUUAAAAGUGCCAAACAAACCAAAUAAAAUGAGCAGUAACGAAGAAAUUUACGAAAUAUUUUUUAAUAUUAUCCUAUUAAUGUUAAUAGGUACCAACGGUUAAAUAAUCCGCUAAGAUUCUGCUAUCUGUAUAAAUACAAACUUAUGAGACGAACAAAACAAAAUGCAAACAAAAUUUCAAAUGAAAAUUCAAAAAAUCAAUAAACAGUUUUUUUAUGGUUACCGCCGAAAAUCAAAACUCAAUUGAUAGUUAUGGUUAUGGGCAUGUUGUUAUGAUAACGCACCUCUAAUUGGAAACAUUUUUGCCGUACUGUUAGAUUUUCAGACAAUUGGGAAACAUUUGUUUCACGUUAAAUACUAGUUAGAUUUUGUUUUAUUGUUCGUUUUAUAAUAACAAUUUUGUACACUGAACUACUUUAAGAUCUAUUAAUUUUACCUGUCGAAAAAUUGAAGUUUGAUUGAGAUAAAUAUAGGCUAUAUAAACUAAAAAAAUAGAAUGCAAUUUAAUAUAAUUGAUAUGUAUGUGUACUAGAGUGAAGAAAAAUGGGCGAUUGCACGCACAGACGGACGGAAUUACAAACAACUGGAAUUUAACUCGCCUAAUCAUACAGGCAUGGCAGUGGUCCGUCCGUGCAAGCUGUAACUUGAGUAAAAAUUGAGAUAUCUUGAUGAAACUUGGAAGACACAUUUCUUGGCACCAUAAGAGGGUUAACUGUUGGCACGACCACAAAAUGGCAAUAACCGAUAACACAUCCUCCAUGACGACACGUCGCCAAACGGCUUGAGGCUGAUCGACUUCGCUGGGCCCGAAAUAUGGUCGUUUGUAGUACCAGAUUCCAGCCUAAGAAAAUACAUCAAGCUACUUGGCUGUUUCCUGAUCGAAACACGCGUAACCAAAUCGAUCACGUUGUGAUAGACGGAAGACAUAUCUACUGUGUUUUAGAAGUGCGUACGCUCCGAGGACCAAAUAUAGACUCGGACCAUUAUCUAGUUUCAGCAAAGAUACGCACCCGCCUCUGUGCAGCAAGAAACGCCCGUCAACAAACACAAGGAAGGUUCGACGUCGAAAAGCUGCAAUCGCAACAGACAGCCACGAAAUACUCUACUCGAUUUGCACUCCAGCUCUCUGAGAGAACUCAUCAGCACCUCGGUAUAAGGGAACUGAGGAACGGUAUCUCAAACUCACUGCGUACAGCUGCAGCCAAAACAAUUGGAUUUCGGCAAAGACAAAAAACAAGCUGGUACGAUGAGGAUUGCCGUCUCUCAGCGGAGAGAAAACAGACAGCCUACCUCGCAACGUUGCAAACGACCACAACACGUGCGGGAUGGGAUAGAUACCGAGAGCUGAAGAGGGGAGCGAGACGCAUCUGCAGACAAAAAAGAAAGAAAUGCGCGAGUACGAAGAGUUUGAGAAGCUGGCAGACAGAGGUAAUGCUCGAAAAUUUUAUGAAAAAAUGAAGCGACAUAACGAAGGUUUCAAGACUGGAGCAUUAUCAUGUAGAGACCGAGGAGGUAAUCUGGUAACCGAUGACCAGGGCAUACUGGGAUUAUGGAUGGAACACUUCUCCGACCUGCUGAAUGGCAGUGAAAGUACAACAACAGGAGAUGGCGAACCCGAUUCCCCAAUCGAUGACGGUGGAAUAGAUGUUCCAUUACCCGACUAUGAAGAAAUUCGAAUAGCAAUUACCCGCCUGAAAAACAACAAAGCGGCGGGAGCCAAUGGAUUACCGGCCGAGCUUUUCAAAUACGGCGGCGAAGAACUGAUAAGGUGCAUGCAUCAGCUUCUUUGCAAAAUAUGGUCGGAAGAAAGCAUGCCUGACGAUUGGAACCUCAGUGUGCAAUGCCCUAUCCAUAAAAAGGGAGGUCCCACAAUUUGUGCCAAUUACCGUGGGAUAAGCCUCCUAAAUAUCGCCUAUAAGGUUCUAUCGAGCGUAUUGUGUGAAAGACUAAAACCCACCGUCAACAAACUAAUUGGACCUUAUCAAUUUGGCUUUAGGCCUGGAAAAUCCACAACUGAUAUAUAUAGAAAAGAGGAUCGACACACACCACCUUUUUGACGAUUUUAAAGCUGCUUUUGACAGCACGAAAAGGAGCUGCCUUUACGCCGCGAUGUCUGAAUUUGGUAUCCCCUCAAAACUAAUACGGCUAUGUAAACUGACGUUGAGCAACACUAAAAACUCCGUCAGGAUCGAGAAGGACCUAUCCGAGCCGUUCGAUACCAAACGAGGUUUCAGACAAGGUGACUCACUAUCGUGUGACUUCUUUAACUUGAUGCUGGAAAAAAUUAUACGAGCUGCAGAGCUAAAUAGAGAAGGUACAAUCUUCUAUACGGGUUACAGCUGCUGGCGUACGCCGAUGCAACUGAUGUCAUCGGAAGCAACAACCGCGCCGUUUGUUCUGCUUUUUCCCACAUGGAUAAGGAGGCGAAGCGAAUUUGUCUGGAGGUGAAUGAGGUCAAGAAGAAAUAUCUCCUGUCAUCAAACAAACAGUCAGCGCACUCGCUUCUUGGCUCCCACGUCACUGUUGACAGUAAUAGCUUUGAAGUUGUAGAUAAUUUCGUUUAUCUGGGAACCAGCAUUAACAACACCAACAAUGUCAGCCUCGAAAUCCAGCGCAGAAUCACUCUUGCCAACAGGUGCUAAUUUGGACUGAGUAGGCAAUUGAAAACUAAAGUCCUCUCUCGACGAACCAAUAUCAAACUCUAUCGCUCAUUAUUCCCGUCUUGAUUUAUGGUGCAGAAGCGUGGACGAUGUCAACAUCAGAUGAGACGACAAUAGGAGUUUUUGAGGGCAAAGAAUUAUUGUCCUCAGAACGUUGGCAACGGUGAAUACCGCAGACGAUGGAACGAUGAGCUGUACGAUUUAUACGACGAUAUUGACAUAAUUCAGCGAAUAAAAAGACAGCGGCUACGCUGGCUAGGUCAUGUUGUUCGAAUGGAUGAAAAUGGUCCUGCUAUGAAAGUGUUCGAUGCAGUACCCGCUGAAGGAAGCCGUGGAAGACGGAGACUCCCAUGGAAGGUCCAGGUAGAGACGGACCUGGCUUCACUUGGUGUUACCAAUUGCGUGAAAAUUGAGAAGUGCAAAAGGACGUUGACAAUUGGAUCACGGCGGGCGAACACAUUUAAUUAUACGCUCAAAGCCAAACAGGUAACAAAGAAGUUUUUUUAAAUACUUUGAACUUGUCAGACGGCGCAAUAUCUGUGUUAGCCAAGAAGAUGUGCCAAAAUGAAUUUACUGAUAAGAGGGGUCAACAUGGCCACCAGAGAAAAUUAGAUGAAGAGACAGUUGCGCUUAUCAAACAGCACAUCGAGUUAAUUCCAGCCGUCGAAAGCCAUUACACUCGAGCAAAAAGUCAAGUACUUUAUCUUGCCUCCGACUUAACAAUAUCAAAAAUGUACGAUUUAUUCAAAGAACUCCACCCGGACGCCAUCAUUAAAGAAAACGUUUAUCGCCGGAUAUUUUGCAUGAAUUAUAAUUAUUCUUUCCACCGUCCAAAAAAGGACACCUGCUUAACAUGCGAGAGGUACAAAAACGCUGAGGACAAAGACUCAUUUCAGAAAUCCGAUGAUGAACACAUCUUAAAUAAGACAAAGGCAAGAACUAACAAGCAAACUGACAAGGAAUCAACUAAAAGUAACAGUAAUUUAAAAGUGCUUACUUUUGACCUCCAGUCAGUGUUAACGACUCCUUGUAGCAACGUAAGCACGAUGUAUUACAGUCGAAAGUUCGCCACGUAUAAUAACACAUUUUACGACAUUGCCAAUGGAGAAGGUUACUGUUUUCUAUGGGAUGAGGAUCAGGGUCAACGAGGAUCGGACGAAAUUGGGACCACAAUAUGGAAUAUGAUGAACUCGUUAGACGAAUCGGUAACCGAUGUUAUUCUCUACUCAGACUGCUGCGGGGGACAAAACAGAAACAGGUUCAUUGCUACACUAUUGAUUUAUAUCAACAAUACCUUGAAGCUUAAUUCGAUAACUAUUAAGUACCUCCAAAGCGGACACACACAAAUGGAGGCAGAUUCGAUGCACUCUGCAAUAGAACGUGCGAAGAGAAGUAUAUGCGUUUAUUCGCCGGAAGAAUGGCCAAAUAUAAUGAGACUGGCAAGACGGAGAGAGGCUUCAAUACAGUGAUAUGAUUGAUCUCAAAGCCAUGUUUUCGAGUUUAGGCCAUAGCCUUAAGAAAAAUAUAAAAAAUGACUCGGUAAAUUGGCUUAAUGUUAAAAUACUCCAAGUGGACAAAAAUCAACGAAAACAAUUAUUAUACAAGGAGGAAUGGGAUGGAGACUUGAAAGUAAUUGAUAUUGAAGGAACGCGAAAAACAAAAGAGGUGUUCAACUUUUCGUUUACUGGCAAAUACAAUAAAGAACUGCCAAUUUGUAAUCGAAAGCUGCAUGACCUUCAAAAUUUGUGCAAAAAGAGUGUAAUUCCUCGUGGCUCGCAGUCAUUUUUUUUUUAACUUACGAAGUGGAAACAAGCGAAAUUGUUUAGAUGUGCCAGAUGUAGCAGAGGAAGAGAAUGAAGACGAAUGAAUUUCUAGUUCUUUUUGAUUUACGCAAUGUAUACCUUCAUUUGUCAUAAUUUUUUGUUUAUAAUAACCCAAAUUGGACAGUAUUGAAUUAACAAAACUAUGAAUUAUUUACUGUUUCAUAAUGUUACUUAUUGAUAUUUUUGAGAUCAAAUAUUUUAAUAAAAAUACCGUAAAAUUAUUGAAUGAAACAGCGUAUACCAUACAAAAUAAAAUAGUGUAUCAGAUACAUCAUACGAAUUCCUUAAAAAAUAAAAUGGCCUAUAUGGAGGACUUGCGCUUUGAAUAACAUAAUUAUGGUCUUAAAGGAUGCGUAGAAUAAAAAAACUUGGUAAAUUUAAAGACAAGAAACGGUAUAAUGUACUCAUCGAAAAAUCCACUAUGAAAAAUUUUUAUUUACCGCGAUAUUGAGGUUUUAAUAGACAUCUGAUUUGACAAAAACUUUAAACUCGAUUUUCUCAAAACCCAAAAAAAUUAUACGCUAUUGUUAUAUUGAGGGGACGAUAUACACUCACACCCACUCAUUUGUACAAUUAACAAAACAAAUUGUAUGUACAUAUACCCCACACACCCAAAUAUACUAAAUUUAGUGAUACCAAAAACUAAUCAUCUGUUUUAUUUGAACAAUAAUGAAAAUGUAAUAUUAUAUAAAGGAUUAAAAAAUGAAAAUUGUAGGUAAGAGAAAUAAUAAAAAUCAUUUCGUAAAUAAAGAAGAUAAAUAAUUAGUAAAUAAGAAUAGUAGUAUC